AUGGGGGGAACCACUUUAUCUGGGCAGGCUGUGACGCUCGUCUGCGGUCUCUUGACCAUCUAUAUCAUCUGGGCAAUCACGACGUAUGCUAAGUUGAGGCAGUUCCGGGGACCUUUGUGGACCGGCAUCUCAAACUGGCCUCAUAGCAUGGCGAUGCUUCGGGGCAAUUGCCACGAGUGGUAUGCAGAAGUCAACAAGAAACAUGGGCCGAUCGCGCGUGUCGCUCCUCAAGUGCUGAUCACGUCCUCCCCUGAGGUUUGGACGCAUGUGAACAACAAGCCGGGCUAUAAGCGCUCCGAUUGGUACUACAGAGCCGUUCGGAUCGAGUAUCGGAGAGACAAUGUCUUCAGUCAGACGGAUAACGCGAAACACGAGCGACGGAGGAAGCAGAUGGCUCCAGGGUAUUCCGGAAGGGAGAAUAUCCACCUCGAGGGCUCUGUAGAUGAGCGACUCCAAGAUUUCCUGAACCUCAUCCGGUCCAAAUAUGUCUCGUCCGACCGCCAAGUUGUGCCCAUGGACCUAGCGAAGAAGGUUCAGUAUUUUACACUCGAUGUCAUUAGCAGCGUCGGCCUUGGCACGGCGUUCGGUAUGCUGCAGAGUGACCAUGACGUGGACGACUACCUCCAAUCGAGCGAGGAGGGACUUGCUAUCGGCCAUACCGCCCUCGCCAUGGGCUUUAGCUGGAUCGCCCAGGCGCCUUUCAUCGGCAGGUUCAUUGCACCCUCACCCAAGGACAAUAACGGCUUCGGUAAGAUGAUGGCAGCAUGCUUUCGCCUCGUCGAUGAACGAGCUGCGAGCUCCACCGACGAACGGUCAGAUAUGCUGGCCUCCUUCAUGCGCCACGGCUUAAAAGACGACGAGCUGCGCACCGAGGCACUAGAGCAGAUCAUUGCGGGCUCCGAUACCACUGCUGGCGCCAUUCGUGGCACCCUUUUGCACGUCAUGACGAAUCCCCGCGUCUAUUUCAGGCUGCAGCGCGAGGUCGAUGAUGCUGUGCGCAGCGGCAAUGCUCCGAGCGAAGGCCUCAUUACUGCCGCCCAGGCUAGACAACUUCCGUACCUCCAGGCCGUGAUCCGCGAGGCUCUGCGAGUCUGGCCGCCUGUUGCGAACAUCUUCCCGCGCGAUGUCCCGAGAGGUGGCGACACUCUUGUCCUCGACGGCGAGAGCGUAUUCCUACCGGGCGGCGUUUGCAUCGGGUACUCGGCGAAGGCUAUGCACCAGAGCGAGCAGAUCUAUGGCAAGGACGCAGAAGCUUUCCGGCCCGAGCGGUGGCUCGAGUCGGACCCUGCCAAGUUGGCUGUCAUGAUUCGGACCAACGACCUCAUAUUCGGUCACGGCAAAUUUCAGUGUUUAGGGAAGGCAGUGGCCCAAAUCGAGAUCGGAAAGACGGUAUUCGAGCUCUUGCGCAACUUCGAUCUGGCGCUUAUCAGUCCUACGCGUCCUUGGGAUGCGCGAAACUACCUGGGGCUUUUCGCGAUCUCAAAUAUGUGGGUUCAAGUGAUGGAGCGAACGCCCUGUUCUCCGUGA